AUGGCUCAAAAUAUUAGCGAUGAAGAUCCCCGCAGCCUGCUAGCUGAAAUUUGUAUCGCUGUUUCCAAUGAUUUGCAAAUAUCUUACACCAUAGUCCUUUUGGUUAUGAACGCUUUGCUGUCCAUUAUAGCAUCUCUGGGAAACACAUUAAUCUUGUUUGCUCUUCACAAAGAAUCGGCGCUUCAUCCGCCCUCGAAGCUUCUGUUUCGAUGUUUGGCCUUAACUGAUCUGCUUAAUGGUUGUAUUUCACAGCCUCUGUAUAUCCUAUAUUUGGUGUCACUUUUGACUAAACAUCAAGAUUGGCGAGGAGAUCUUUGCUUUUACUCAGCAACCUUUGAUCAAAUCACCACAAACACUUUGUGCUUGGUGUCGUUAUUAACUUCAACUGCGAUAAGCAUAGACAGACUUCUAGCUCUUAACUUAGGUUUACGUUACAGACAGGUCGUAACCUUUAAACGAACUUCACUUCUUCUUUUAUUUCUGUGGGUGGUAUCCAUCGGGUCUGUGUCAUCCUCAUAUCCGAUGUUGGACUACAACAAAGCUGAGAUGUUUGUAGGAGCUGCAAUGUGUGUUAGCAGUCUUGCAAUAUCUUCUUUUUGCUACGCUAAAAUCGUUUGGAAAAUUCGUCAACAUCAGCGACGCGUGCAAAUAAAUGGGGGAAUUAAUAAUCACGGAACUCUUUGUACAGACAGCGUGGCUUUGAAUAAUGCACGGUACAAGAAAACAGUUUCUAGUGUGCUUUGGAUUCAGCUGACACUGACUAUUUGCUACUUGCCGCUCAUCGUAACUGUUGGCUUAGUUUCCUACAAAGGGCCAACAUCGGUGCUCGACGCCGCGUGGGGAAUAGCGAUAACCUUGGUGUUUCUCAAUUCAUCUUUAAACCCCUUUCUUUAUUGUUGGAAGAUUAACGAGAUAAGAGCAGCAGUUAAGGGCAUAGUAAGUCGGUUGUUUCCUUUUUAA